AUGUCUGCAAUCAUGGAGUUCCUACGAUUUAUUCCACUCCUCAUCCUUCCCGCCUUGGCCAAGAUGACUCCACUCAUAACCCUCGAGGAGCACUACGCUUCUGCCACCACCCCGGAUGCUAUGAAGGCUCUGUUCAAGGAGCAGACACAGUUUGUCCCCAAUGUCAUGGAAAAGUUGACCAACCUCUCCUCUCUCCGACUUUCCGACAUGGACAAGGGAGAUGUCACAAUCCAAGUUGUUAGCCAUGCCGCAGGGUUAGGGUCGUACCCCGUCAACUACAGCAGGUCAGCCAACGAUCAGGUCUAUGAGGCUGUCAAGAAUGCAAAAGGAAGAUUGGCAGGUUUUGCGACUGCUCCCAUGUCUCAGCCGGCGGAAGCGGCAGCAGAGUUCCGGAGGGCGGUCACGGAGCUCGGCUUUGUGGGUGCUUUGGUCGACAAUCACGACGGCAAAGGGGGCUAUUUUGAUGGGGAGGAAUACGAUGCUUUUUGGGCUGUUGCAGAGGAAUUCGAUGUUCCAGUCUACCUUCAUCCCACUUGGCCGAGUGAAGACAUGGCUCCACGAUAUCGAGGCAACUUCGACCCUAUCGCUGCAAACUCGCUGGGAAGUUCUGGCUGGGGGUGGCACCAGGACACUGGGCUUCAUGUCUUGAGACUGUUUGCCUCUGGACUGUUUGAUCGCAGACCCAAGCUGAAGAUCAUCGCUGGACAUAUGGGUGAAAUGAUACCGUUUAUGCUGCAGCGUAUUGACAGGCUUAGUGGAAGAUGGAGCACGGCUCAGAGAAAGUUCGCAACGGUAUAUCGGGAGAACAUCUAUGUCACGACGAGCGGUGUUUGGAGCUUGGAUCCCAUGAGGUGCAUUUUGGCCAACACUCCCAUUGACCACAUCCUGUACAGUAUUGACUAUCCUUUUACAAGCAAUGAGGUUGGGUUGGCAUGGUUCAAGGAGCUGGAGGCAAGCGGGCUGGUCGACCAGGAGCAGCUGGAGGCCAUUGCCUACAAAAACGCAGAGAAACUGCUCCGCAUCAAAGUUGACGACGUCAAGGGUAAUUGUACUUACGGAACGGCAUGA